AUGAAGUUUGAUGAUUUGUUAUCAGAACUGAAAGGCUUUGGGCCUUUCCAAUUAAGGCUAGUGCUAAUGAUGGCGAUUCCUCGUCUGAUUUUGCCUUUUCAAUUUCUUCUGAACAAUUUCAUUGCAUUUAUUCCUUCUCACCACUGCAACAUCAGUGCUUUUGAUGACGAAGCUGCUUUUAGUCCUCUCUCUAGCAGGGAAAGGCUCAUUGUCAGUAUUCCAGUACAGGAUAAUGACAGUUUGAGCUCUUGUCAGAUGUUUGCAGAGCCUCAAUAUCAUCUGUUGCUGAACUUCUCUGACACCAAUGCGCUGCCUACAGAGUUAUGUCAGAACGGGUGGGUGUACGAUACCUCCACCAUGAGGUCUACUCUGGCCACAGAGUGGGAUUUGGUUUGUGAGAGAAAGAGACUGAACAAAACCAUAGCCACUAUCUUCUUCUUGGGCGUCAUGUUUGGUGCAGCAGUGCUGGGCACUCUCAGUGACAGAUUUGGCAGAAAAACCAUGCUCUUGGUGUCCUAUCUGAUCACCGCAAUCUUUGGAUUCGGUAGUGCUCUGUCAACUAAUUUUGCCAUGUUUGCAGUCAUGAGGUUCUUCACCGGCUUUGGAAGUUCUGGAAUCAGUAUAAUCACCGUUGUUCUAUGCAUAGAAUGGGCGGAUAUCAAGCGUCGGUCUUCUGUGUGCAUUUUAAUGAGUAUGGACUGGAGUGUGGGCAGUUCGCUGCUUGGUGCUCUGGCCUACUUGGUGAAUGACUGGCGCUAUCUGAUUGCCGUGUCAACAAGCCCUCUCUUGCCGGCGACAAUUUGUUGGUGGUGGCUUCCAGAGUCUGCCAGAUGGCUGAUAAGCCAUGGGAAGGUUAACCCCGCUUAUUUUUACUUAAGGAAGUGUGCAAAAGCAAACCGCAGAGAACGAUUCAUGCAUGACCUAAAACCUGAGGAUUUGUUAAAAAUAACUGUGGUAGAAAAUGAAAAAAGAAAAUAUUCCUUACUGGAUCUGGUGCGGACUCCAAUGAUGAGAAGACUGACUCUAAUUGCUGGCUCUGUGUGGUUUGGAAUAGCUUGCAGUUAUUACGGAAUCAGCUUGAAUGUCUCUGGAUACGGUGUCAACAUUUUUGUCACACAGUUGAUCUACGGCGUCAGCGAAAUACCAGCCAAGCUUUUCUGCCUCUUUACUUUGAGAAAAAUUGGGCGAAAAGUGAAUCAGACUGGUGGACUUCUUCUGACUGCACUGUGUUUGUUUUGUAACGUACUAAUACCAUCUAAUAUGGCUGCAUGUCGGACAGCAGUGGCUGCAGUGGGCAAGAUGUUUUCUGAAGCAGCCUUUACAGUUUUGUAUUUGUACACAUCAGAACUCUAUCCAACUGUAUUAAGGCAAAAUGGUUUUGGCUGUUGUUCCUUCCUUGCCCGUCUCGGUGUGGCAGUAUCCCCUCUGGUGGCUCUUCUUGACGAGGUGUGGGCUGGUCUACCAAAACUCAUGUUUUCCAUGAUGGCUUUAGUUGCCGGCUUGUUGACCAUGCUUCUUCCUGAGACAAAUAACGCUCGCCUACCAGAGACGAUAGAAGAUGUGGAAGGGCUAGCAGUUGAAAGAAAUGGAAUGAAGCCUGUGAAUUGGGGGCAAACCAGUCCAAAACUUUAG